AUGCUGAAAUAACCGACGUUUGAAAGUGAAACGAGAUCAAAGGUCUCCAGCGACAGAAGCAGAAUAUAAACUAUUUCUCUUAAAUUGGUUUAAUGUGAACUUCAGGGUUUCUUAUCGGGAAAAUGGAGACCACGUCAGCUGAUGAUCAGUUCAUUAUCGAAUAUCGGCUUCUGGAGCUUUAUCAUAAAAAAAGAAAGUCAAGAUCGAGCACAAAGCCCACACACCCAGUCUUAAAAAAACCCCUCCAGGAAAGUGCAUCUAAAAGGACACGGAUUCCUGCUUCUGCAAAUACUGAUGCACUUGUACAAGUGGCUGAUAAACUGACUGACAUUGUAGACAAUUUGCCUCCUGCUCAGAAUCAAGUUGUAACAGACAGUGAUCAAGAUGUCAUCCAGAGGCUUGUAGAGAUAUUGAAAGAAUAUGGGGACAAUUUCGAUGAAAAGAUUGCGAAAGAUGCAGAACUUUUAAGCUAUCUCCAAGGCCUCUUCUCCUACAACCUGUUUGAAAAACUGGCCUCAGCCUUCAUUGUCAGCAUGGAGCUUCCAGGCAAGCUGAGAGAAGAGGAUAAUGGUCAGAAAAUGAAAAUUGCUUGGACUUUUGAGAUGACCAGUCGACUGAGUGCCUUGGACCUGCAGCCUAUGAACCGAACAAUGGGAUUUGGGGCUCAAUAUGUUCACCAGAAUUUUACACCAUGGAUUCAGCAACAUGGUGGCUGGGCAAAUGCUUUCAAAAUUGAUGAAGGAGAUGAGGUGCAUUGAAAAGGGACUGGAUCCUUUUCCCAACAGCAAAUGUGUUGUCUGGAACUACCUCCUAAAUAAAAAACCCCAAAUGACACUAAAAAUAA